AUGAGCCGCAGUGGUGAACCGCAAAUCCCCAACGUCUCGACCAGUUAUGCCAUGGAACCAGCAGGCAGGCUGCCUCUCACAGACGAAUGCAAACACUACCAAGGUAGGCAUCAGGUGCCUUGGGAUAUUCAAAAAUACUUUUCCCAAAGAUACUCCCUCUUCUCUUUCUACGACGAAGGCGUGUACUUGACGGAUGACGCCUGGUUCGGCGUGACUCCCGAGCCCGUCGCAAAUCAAAUCGCCCAAGACAUGGCCACCAGCAUAGACCCUUCAAAGGUCACCCUCGUUGACUUGUUCGCCGGGGCGGGAGGAAACACCAUCGCUUUCGCCCUUAGCCAGCGGUGGAAGCGCAUCAUCGCGGUUGAGCGCGACGCGUCCACACUGGCAUGCGCCCAGAGCAACACCGAGUUGUACGAGGUUGAUCCUUCGUUAGUCACCUGGAUUCACGCAGACAGCUUCGAGUACUUGCAGCUCUUGCACGCGCAGCCCGCGAAGCUGCAUCCGCAUCUGAGGAUCGAAACGGAAGAGACGGUCCUCUUUGCGAGCCCUCCUUGGGGAGGGCCCGGGUAUAGCACGGAUCAGGUCUUCGACUUGAGCAACAUGCAACCGUACAACUUGGCGAAGCUCCACUCGUCGUACAAGAACAUGGACCAUGUCUUGUUCUUGCCGCGGACGAGCGACAUUCGGCAAAUCGCGCAACUUGCACCCGAGGACAAAAAGGUCCAUGUCGUGCAGUACUGCAUGAUGGGUGCGAGCAAGGCCAUGGCGGCAUACGUCCCAGGCCGCUGCUCCGAAUCGCCAGAGGUUCGUCACGGAGGAGCAGAAGGUACCAAGAAAAUUAGUUGA